CCCGCCUGUGUUCCAGCCGCCGCCUUUAGAGCGAGGCAGUGAGACAAACACGGUAGCUUCAUGUCAGCUCCCCCUUCCCCGCAGCUAAUCCCCGAGUAGAUGAGGCAUGUUCUGCCAUGGUGCUACCAAUGGCAGUUCUACCAAUGCUUUAAUGGAAAAGCUGCGUUUAAAAUAUCAGCAAAGACCAUGGACUGAAACUCUGAAACUUGUCCAUUUUUGCAUGGAUAAGCCACGUCAGCCUGACAGCAAUGCUCCAGAUGGUCCAUUGCUCUCUUGCAUGGAGAAGAUACAGAGGAUGAUAAAUGCUAAACCUUUGUUUUCUGUGAUGAACAGAUUGGAAUCUUUAUCCAAACAAAAAGGGCUUAAUGCUCAUGUUAGCCCCAGUGGGACUACCUGCUACAUAACAUCAAACAUGUUUUACGUAGAAGUUCAGCUGGAGAUGGAUGGAAAGGUGGUAGAUGUGAAGUUAGCUCACCUUGGAGAUGCUCCUGUGGUUUGCGAUGACAUGGCACAGCAUCUAAGGAUGAAGAACUAUGAUGCCUUUGGAAAGAUUCUAGAAGAGCUGUCAAACAUGUAUCAAAUUCCAGGAGACAGUGAAAUGAAAGCUAAGGGAUACCAUGCUUUGCAGGCCCUUGAAAAAGAUCUCUAUUCAAUGUCUCUUCUGCACAGAUCAGAGGAUGUAAACAGAAUCAUAGAAGUACUUCAUGGAAAAGUAGGACACCUGGUGCCAAGAGCUGGAGGAACACCUAUGAACAUUGAAUUUUAUAUUUCUCCUUAUCAAAUUUUGGAAGAAGAACUAAAUCCUGGUUCCCAGGUAUGUGGAACAAAGACAGCUGUAACUGUUGAAGGCACAGAUACGCUCCACAAACUUUCUCUUUCUCCACUGCUUGCAGAUUCUCAAGGCGGAGAGGAUGGCAACCCUGUUUUUUUGCCACUGACUGAUGAACUCAGCAUGGAUUUGCCAGCUUUCUUUGUGUUGAAGUUUCACCAGCCUAUUCCUAUGUCCUUAUCCAGUAUUGAAAUGAUACAGAGGCUGACAGGAAUUCAGAUUACUGGCUUGAAACUAGCUCCUCUGUAUGAAUUGAUUGUUCAGUCUACCCUUAAAGAGAAAGGCAGCGAAGAUGUGUCUACAUACAAAUCCCAUUUCUUUGUGUCUCUUCCAGAUUGCCCAAAGCACUGCUACUUCUUAAACAAUGGCUCAGAAAAAUCAGAUUCAGCAGGGGCCUUGGUCAGUAAAAUCCCAUUUAGCCAUCCACAGAGUGUGCCUGGUGUAAUAGAGAUUCUUCGACAUCAAGUGGCAUAUAACAGUCUUAUUAGCAGCUGUGUCUCUGAUAAGCAUAUAAAUGAAGAUGGUACAGAACUGCUUUACUUUGAAGUGGCACCACACAAGAACACCAGCUUUUCUGUCUUUUUCCCUCAUCCCACGAAUGAGAAUUUAGCCUCUGUGACAAUUGAUGUUAUAACCUCCAGAGAAAUCCAAUGUCACCUUCAUUUAAAUCCUCAAGACCCAACUCUCAAUUCUAGUGAUGACUUUAUAACAAGAGCUGUGAAGCGUUGCAUGUCAGUCCCAGUUGUCAUGAGAGCUAUUUUCAGGAAUGCUGCCAAGGUGAAAGCUGCCAGCGAAAUACAAGAUGUGAAAGCAGACAUGAAACAGAAACCUGAACCACCAUGUGAGCAAGUUACACAUUCUGAUAGUCCCAAAGACAGUCUUUCUGUGGCUGGUCAGCAAGAUUUGGUAGUGACGGAUAAGCCAAGUAUUACAGCCAGCGCAAAAGAAAAUCCCUCCACAGCCAAACUGGAAACUCUGGGUGAUAACACAGAAAAAAGUAACCCCACAGUAAGUACAGAAGCUUUGUGUGGAGCAGAGGAAAGUAAUUCCACAGCUAGUACAGAAGCUGUUAUGAUAGAUAAGAAAAACACACAAUCUAUUGUUUGAUAAUCAAACAAGAAAGAAGUAUUUUCCGUUGUGUAGAUUGCUUUUGCAGAAACUUGGCAAGCUCACUAUCUACUUAGUGAUUUGUGAAUGGAGUUUCCUCUUUGCACACUGUUAAAUACACACAAGUAACGCUCUUGAAUUUGCAUGUUUAAACUUCCAAAUUUGGAAAGUCUACCACUGCUCUAGUAACCUUUAUUUUUGUCUGCACCAUAUUCUACCACAGUACAGAAGAUAUUUCUGUCUAACAUAUGUGAUAUAGGGUAUAACAUGACACAUGCACCUCUGGGAAAGCAACUUUAUCCAUGUCAGCAUUAUGCUAAAUAAACGGAGAAAAUGAAUGAACAGUUUUGCAUGUAUGUAAUCUAUGCACAUAGAGACUCCUAAUUGCAGUUGUUUUCCCCUAAUGCAGAAGUGGUACUGAAUGACAGCCAAAUUUACAGUCCACCAACUCCAUGGCAGGAUAACAGAAUCUUUAGUAGGGAAGUUGUAAACUCAGUCUCUGAAAGUCAAUUUUUACCUUAGCUUUUUUCUGGUCUCAAAGUAUAAAACUGUUUUUGUGAAUUUA